UUGCCUCCGCCGGUGACUGCACCGAUCUCCGCGGCACAUUCCAGCUCAUCUCCACAUCGGAACUUCUGCAACGUGUGACUGCUUUGUUGCGGGGCACCUUUUCCGAGACCACGUUCCUGUCAGGUGAAAGACCCCUCUAGGGCCAGGCGCUGUUCGACUUCCAACUUGGGACUUGAUGGCACAGUCAUUUGUGACCGGUCUGGAAAGUUGCGCUGCGUCAGGGAGCAUGGGCGCAAACUUUGGAAGCUUUUUAGAAUCCAGUGACAGCUUUUAGAAUGAAGGCAGGUGAGUCACCCGUCGCCUGAGCGGCGCGCAGGGCUCCAGCUCUCCAGGUACGGGAAAAAGAAAAGGCGACACGGAGGAAGUCGUGAUCUGUGCGACGGAUUGCGCUACGGAGGACGGAGGGAAGGGACCGAUGAGACAACAUGGGUCCAAUGCUGUGUGAUGGACGACUGACACACCUCCUCUUUCCUCUCCUCCUCCUUUUGCGGGCUCCGCUGUUGUUCAGCUUUGGCGAGCGAACCUGCCCCAAUAGCUGCCGAUGUGAGGGGAAAACUGUCCAUUGUGAUUCAUCUGGCUUCUUAGAUGUACCAGAAAACAUCUCAAUAGGCUGCCAGGGCCUCUCCCUGCGCUACAAUGAACUGCACACUCUGCUACCAUACCAAUUUGCUCACCUCAGUCAGCUUCUCUGGAUAUACUUGGACCACAAUCAGAUUUCAGCUGUUGACAGUAGAGCAUUCCAGGGGGUCCGCAGGCUUAAAGAGCUAAUACUGAGCUCCAACAGGAUCACAUCACUUCACAAUUCAACAUUUCAUGGAAUUCCCAAUCUUCGUAGUCUGGAUUUGUCCUACAACAAAUUGGAAAACCUGCAGCCAGGUCAAUUCCACGGCUUAAGAAAACUGCAAAACCUACACCUACGCUCAAAUGGUCUCUCCAACAUCCCAAUUCGAGCAUUCCUAGAGUGCCGAAGUUUGGAGUUUCUUGAUUUGGGCUACAAUCGAAUCAAAGCUCUUACCCGCACCACGUUUUUGGGCCUACAGAAGCUGAUGGAGUUGCAUUUGGAGCAUAACCAGUUCUCGCGGAUCAACUUUUUUCUGUUUCCACGCUUAGCCAACCUGAGAUCACUGUAUCUGCAGUGGAACCGCAUUAGGGUGGUUAACCAGGGCCUUCCAUGGACAUGGUAUACACUGCAGAAACUUGAUCUGUCAGGAAAUGAAAUCCAGACCCUGGACCCAGCUGUGUUUCACUGCUUGCCCAACCUUCAAGUACUCAACCUGGAAUCCAACAAACUGUCCAAUGUGUCUCAGGAGGCAGUGUCAGCAUGGAUCUCACUGACCUCCAUCAGCCUUGCUGGGAAUAUGUGGGAUUGUGGAACUGGUAUAUGCCCCCUUGUGGCUUGGUUGAGGAAUUUUAGGGGCAGUAAAGACACCACCAUGAUAUGCAGCAGCCCAAAGUAUCUCCAGGGAGAAAAAAUUAUGGAAGCCACAAGGAACCAUGGUAUUUGUGAGGAAACUGAUUAUGUUCUGACUGAAACACCCUCACCAAUGUCAGAGCUCAUUUCUGAAGCCACUGCUGAACCAACCUUUGCUCCUACUAGCGGCUCUCCAACUAUGCCCCCAAGCAGCACCUUUGGUCCUCUCCCACCAUUGAGACCUCAACCUAUUCCUCAUCCUACCUUUCCAGGGCAUAUGAGCAAAGACCCUAGAGACUCAGUCGUUCGCACUCGACCCACUCACAUACCACCCCCAGAGAUGGAGCACAUGACUCUACACAAAGUGGUGGUGGGCAGUGUGGCACUCUUCUUCACCAUGUCCCUAAUCUUGACAAUUAUCUAUGUGUUGUGGCGGUGCUACCCAGGUGCAACCAAGUUACUGCAGCAGCGAUCCAUGGUGGGGCGGAAGCGUCGCAAAAAGAGUCCAGAGCCAGAGCAGAACCUGAGCUCCCAGCUCGAAGACUAUUACAUGAGCUACAACCCUGCUGCCACACCAGAAGCAUUGGAGGUGCUAGGCAAUGGCACUGGUUCCUGCACUUGCACAAUUUCUGGCUCCAGGGAGUGUGAGAAUGAAUAUACGUGUCCACGCCCCCUACCUGGUGCCUGGCUGGGAGAUAUGCCUACCAUUCAUUAACCCCCAAAAGUAACUGCUUUGGAUGAUGCAGCAAACCACAACGAAACAGGGAUACAGGAGAGAUACAGAUGAAGAGAACCUAACAGGAUCCUACUCCUAUUAUUCACAUUCAAAAAUACAUUUAAAAUGCUUCUCCAUGCUAACAAGGACAGCCCUGGACCAAGGCAAAGAGGAGAUAAUACUGUCUUUUUCUUUUUCUUAAGGUUUUAUAAUGUCUUUUUUUGGCCUCUGGUCACUGGUCAUCAGCUUUGUUGCAUUUCAUCAAGCUUUCACUACACAAAUACUGACAUCCAUGGUUGUGGAAAUGCAGUCCUAUGGUGAACAGCAGAGCUUCAGAAGAAGACUCAUGAGCGCUAAUGGAUGGUUAUAAGCAACAUGGGAGCUCACUGUUUAGCCCAUAAUAGCUUAUUGUCUCCGUGAGGACAACGUGGCAUUGUUUUAAAAACAAAGGUAAACAACUGUACAAAUUCAAGAGGCUUUAAAGAGUGUAAACUGAGCAAUGAAUCAUUAAUGAAAAUGCACUGAACAAGUAGCUCUGACCGCUCUGCUAACACAGCUGUGUAUAACUUAAAGUGGGUUUGCAUAUUUUGAUUCCAUAUGAAGCAUCGUAUCUUAUCAUAUCAUUUUUUUUUUUUUUAAGAAAGACUGAUGAAAGGUUAGGAUGAUGUAAAUGUGCCUAACUGGAGCAGAAACAUUAUGAAACGAAUCACUAAUUUUCUCUGCAUUUGUCAGUAAAGAGAAAUCUGCUCCAUCAGGUGGAAAUCAAGUCAGCAGCUGGAAGAUUGUUUGAAGUGUGUGAAAAGUUACCAGAGGAAAGCAAACUAUCCCCCAGCCAAUGACUUUUGGUGAGGUUUUUUUGUUUGUUUACUUUUUUAAAAAAAAGUUUUUUCUAGGUUGUUUCUAAUUGCAAUUAAAACCUUGAUUUGGAGGACAGAAAGGGUAAUCAGAAGCAAAAGAGGGGAAAAAGAAAAAAGGUAAAAUAUACUUUUCUGCAGUUGUAAUGUUGUUAAUGUUGUACUUUAUGAAUAUGUGUUUCU